AUGUUAUUACAGGGUUCAUGUCGCUCGGAUGAAUUACGAACGAAAUGGCGCCAACUAUUCCCAUGCUCGGAACAUUAUGAGCCAUAUCCACGACCAAUAUAUUGUCCUGGAUUGCUCAAAUUUACUUCUGGCGAACUAAUUUAUACCCCAAUGAUCUAUACACCCGCGGUGGAUGUUAUUUACCAAAGCGCGUCGCCAUAUUUCAGCGAGUCGUUCAGUGAUCUUCUUGAAAUUCUCUCUCUGAUGAUUGGAGAAGAUAUUAAAAUUGUUUACGCUUUUUUUCUAAUGUUAGAGAUGAAAUGCUUAAUACCCAAUACAUUGAAUGACCUCAAUGAAAUCACAAAAAAUUGUGAAAAGUUUACAACUUGUGCUCAGGUAGAGUUGCUGGGUAAUGAACCACGUAAUGUAAAAGUUGAGAUGUGUCGUAUUAGUGAAAAUGUCGCAAGUGCCGAUUUCAAAUUUUUGGUGACACAUAUCGGAAACAUACAAAUCGAUGAAGAGAACAUUUCAAAAACACCGGUGAAACGGAGGAGAGAGAAAUCAUAUAAUCUUACUCCGGAAAAACGAUCAAAGGAACAAAGACAACUGCUUACAACAAAACAUUCUUUGGAACAAACAGACGAUAUGAAUGAGGAAGAGACUAUAUUCAUGAGGACACGCAAUGAAGAAUUAACUAACGAUUUUGAGCGAAUGAAAUUAUACCCAGAAGGAGAACCAUCUGCUAGAACGAAUACCAGUUUCAGAUCGAUAUCUGGUGAUGAUGCAAAUACCAUAAGUUUAAGCGAUGAUGAAAUAGGCGGCACUACUCCACGAAGGCAAAGAUAUCGGAAGCAAGAUUGCAUGUCAGAGUUUUCGAAGACGAGUAUUUUUAAGAGGUCAUUGACAAAGAAGAUCAAGAGUCGAUUCUCAGAGUAUUUUAAUUUCGAGUUUGAAGCCGCAUUUGCAUUAGCAAUACCAAAAUAUUGGUAAUUGGAUUCAUGGAUGGAAGGGAGAAAAAAAUAUGGCAGGUACAAAGAUUAUGUCACGGCCUGGCUCAUUUCAAAAAAGAGGCGCGAAAAGAACCUGUCAGUCGUCGGAGAAAAAUUUGAUUUUGGCGCGGUGCAUAACACAGAUUGAUUUGUGACGGCACUUUCAAUUGGUACUUUCUCGAAUCAGUUUCUGCAUGUUGUUCUGAGUCUUAAAUUGAUCUUUUGAUGGACAACUGUUAAAGCUCAUAACAUACAAACGAAAAAAAGUGAUAUUUUUCGUCUUUUCAUGAAAAAUUACUGUAAAAUCAAUAAAAUUAGAUGAAAGUCGAAAUAAUUACACCCGACUCCAUUAAAUGUACUACAAAGCAG